UGAACAACCAUUGCAUCGCUGUCAUUGCUGUGACGUGUGCAGUGAUGUCUUGUCAUGGCCACAAGUUGAUCCGCACACUUUUGUCAUUGUGUAUGUGCUUCAAAUUGCAUCAUAAUAAAAGAAUAAACCAGCGUUUUCGAGUAUGCUUCUUGGCCCUUUUAUUCGAAUCUUUGUUAAGUCCUGCAUAAGGAUUUGAUUUGGUAGAGGAAGAGACUAGAGAGCUACCAAACAUGGCACAGGAGAGCAGCAAGAAGCCGCUGUUGGAGAAACAUUACUAUGAGAAUUGCCCUGGCUGUAAGACUGAUCUACUCAAGCAAUCAAGAACAGGCUUACCUAUUCGAGAGCUUUUUUCAAUAUGGAUUGUUGUGCUUUGCACUGCUCUUCCAAUAUCAUCUCUCUUCCCAUUUCUUUAUUUCAUGAUAAGGGAUUUCCAAAUUGCAAAAAGGGAGGAAGAUAUAGGUUACUAUGCGGGCUAUGUGGGAUCAUCAUUUAUGUUUGGCAGAGCAUUGACAUCUCUAUUUUGGGGUGUCGUUGCGGACCGCUAUGGUCGUAAACCUGUAAUAAUUAUGGGAACUCUCUCAGUGGUUAUUUUCAACACUCUCUUUGGCUUUAGUCUUAACUAUUGGAUGGCUAUUGGUACACGGUUUCUUCUUGGGAGUUGUAAUGGUUUACUUGGUCCAAUAAAGGCUUAUGCAGUUGAGAUUUUCCGUGAAGAACAUCAAGCUUUAGGAAUCUCGACGGUCAGUACAUCUUGGGGUAUUGGCCUGAUCAUUGGUCCGGCACUAGGAGGGUUCUUGGCCCAGCCAGCAGAUAAAUAUCCAAGUAUAUUCUCUAAAGAAUCUUUGUUUGGGAGGUUUCCAUACUUAUUACCGUGUUUGUGCAUCUCACUCUUUGCGUUGGGAGUAACCAUUGCUUCCUGUUGGCUGCCGGAAACAUUGCACAUUCACAAUGAAAGCAAGAUGUCUCAGGACGAUUUAUGUGCUGAUCUGGAAACUUCAUCACAUUGGAGUAAUGAAAAUGAGAAAGAUGAUGAAAUUGAAAAUAAUGAAUCAAUGUCCAAAGGGAGUCUCAUAAGAAAUUGGCCGCUGAUGUCAUCUAUCAUUGUUUAUUGUGUUUUCUCGCUCCAUGAUAUGGCGUACACAGAGAUAUUUUCUUUAUGGGCCGAGAGUCCUAAGAAGUUUGGGGGUUUGAGCUAUUCGACUGAAAAUGUCGGACAAGUCCUUGCAAUAUCAGGUUUCAGCCUUCUUGUCUUUCAAUUUUCGCUAUAUCCAUACGUGGAGAGGAUUCUGGGCCCAUUAGUGGUAUCUCGCAUAGCAGGGAUUUUAUCCAUCCCAUUGCUGACAAGUUACCCGCUCUUAGCCAUGUUGUCGGGGUUCAGCCUUGCCCUGCUGUUAAAUUGUGUAUCAGCGAUUAAGAAUGUUUUGUCAGUGUCUAUAAUAACUGGAAUGUUCAUUCUGCAAAACAACGCGGUGGAGCAACACCAAAGAGGAGCUGCCAAUGGCAUUGCUAUGACUGCAAUGUCUUUGUUCAAAGCAGCUGGUCCUGCCGGCGGAGGCGCCAUAUUUUCUUGGGCACAAAAGCGUCAAGAUGCUGCCUUUCUUCCAGGUGACCAUAUGGUUUUCUUCAUCCUGAACGUGGUCGAAGCCAUUGGAGUGUUGGUGACUUUCAAACCAUUUUUAAGGCAACGGCACAAGUAGAGAAGAUGGAUUGAAUUGUUGUAUUGCAAAAGCCGAGACAUGUAAUGUAACCUCGUCAUUCUUUCCUGAGCAGAGCCUACAUAUAGCAUUAUGCAUAAGAGGAGUUGAGUUAAUUUGCUCUGUAUUCAGGUCCAUUGUUAGUGAUCAUCAUAUUAUUCAAUAAGAGAAUUUCCGGGAUAGCUUUUGUUGCUCCAUUGAAUUGGCAAAUUAGAAUAUAGCUUAUUUUCUUUUCUU